AUGGAUGAGACAGAUAAAGAUGUGGCAUCUUGUGACUUACCCAAGUUCAUUCACACACAAGGAUCUCAGAGCCAAGUGCCGCAUGCACACACACACACACACACACACACACACACACACGCACGCACGCGCGCACGCACACACACACGGUCUUACACACAGCACAUCUUUCAGACCCAUCCCUUGGAUGCUCCCAGCUCCAAGCACCCAAGAGAGGCAGAGUGCCAAAGCUGGCUGCAGAAGGCAGUCCCCGACCUCAGCUGCCAAGGAGAGACGGAGCCUGUGGCUGGUGAGGCCGUCGAGCAGGGCCAGGCCGGUCCCUGCCCGCAAGGACGCCAAAGCCCUUCACCGGCCCCUGUGCCUGGGAACCCACCAGGCUCUCCUGCUGGCCCCACCAUGACUUCAGAGCCCACAUCGCCCCCAGUUGUGCCCCCGCUCCACUCCCCCAAGUCCCCUGUCUGGCCCACCUUCCCUUUCCACCGGGAGGGCAGCAGGGUCUGGGAGCGGGGCGGUGUCUCAUCUCGAGACCUGCCCAGUCCCCUGCCCACCAAACGGACCAGGACAUAUUCAGCGACAGCCCGUGCCUCGGCUGGCCCCGUGUUCAAGGGCGUCUGUAAGCAGUUCUCACGCUCACAGGGCCACGGCUUCAUCACUCCCGAGAACGGGUCCGAGGACAUCUUCGUGCACGUAUCUGACAUCGAGGGAGAGUACGUGCCGGUGGAGGGCGACGAGGUGACCUAUAAGAUGUGUCCCAUCCCGCCCAAGAACCAGAAGUUCCAGGCCGUGGAGGUGGUGCUCACCCAGUUGGCCCCACACACUCCCCACGAGACGUGGUCUGGCCAGGUCGUGGGCUCCUAGGCUGGGCGGCGAGCCCCCCAGGGUGGACGGGCGGCAGCUGGCUCCGUGCCCCACUGUACUUGCUGACUCAGUCCCCUGGGCAGCCUCAGUGUGCACGUCUGUCUAUCUGUGCUUGUGGCUGUGAGCAUUUGCCUCCAUCCACCCCCCUGUGACCCGUGACUAUUGUGUAAGCUGGACCGAGGGGGAGGCCACCAGACCUGCCUUCUCUGCUUGUCCCCUCUCUCUCCUUCCCCUCCCUGCCACAUAGGCACAGGAUCCUCUCGUCCUCCUGUUCACCCGUCCAUGUGUCCACUGAGCCUCUGAGGGCCUGCGUCAGGCCUGGGGCGGGAGUCAGGGGGCAGCAGGGGGCCCCCUACCUGAAGAAGCUAGCUCCCCUGCCUCUGCCUGAGGCGCUGGCCCCAGGGCCAGGCUCUGCUUGUGCUACUCACACCUCCCACCCUGGGCCGGGGCCUCCCACUGUGGCCUGGACCCCACCCUCAGAAGCCAGGCCAGUGAGCACUUUGGGGAGGGGGGGGGCUCCCAGACUCUAGCAAGGGGAGCGGGCAAAAGUGUGGGUAGGCAGGCCUGUCCUCCAUGCCACAGCCCAGCCUUCCUGUCUGUCUUCCUCCCUCCCUCCCUUCCUUCCUUCCCAUUCUCUCCUCAGCACACAUGAAAGAGGCAAGAAAGAGAGGACUGAGGGUAGAAGGCAGUUUGGGGGCUCUUGUGUUGCUGGCCACAGUCCCUCCUCGCCAGCCUGACAAUGGCUCUGUGAACCCCAAACUGAGGCUGCAUCUCCCCCCUGGGCUAUGCUGAGCCAUGCUGCCUCCACUUCCCGAGGAAGUGUGGUCUGUGGAGGGGUGAGGACACGUCUCCUUCAGCUUGGAUGGCGUCAUCCAUCCCCUUUACCAACUCACAAGCUCCACUGAUGUUCUGUCUGUGCCCAGGCAUGAUGGCUGCUGAGGGCCUAGCGAUGGAUGGACACAUGUCCCCUCAGGCAGGGCCAGGCUGGGGCACCCACAGGAAUGGCCCGUAGCCUGGGAGACCAUUAGCCUUGCAGCCCCCUUGCUGGACCCUCUUUGCAAAGCCGUGGGACGGUGGCUCCCGCUGGCCCCCAAGCCAGUGGCUGAGCUGUGGUCCCUGUGUUGUCUGUCCCUUAAAGUAUGUGUGUUGUGUGCAUUCACUCUUAAGUGGGGGUUGACCUGGCCUGAGAGGCUAGGAUGGAGGGCUUCCCCUCCGCCCCCACCCCCACUCCCUUCCAGAGCACAUCGUCUGAUGGGGGCAAGAAAAAGGGCUCGAGGGAGGGCCUGCCAGGACAGUGGCCCUUAGGAGACCCAGCCUGUGAGUAAACAGGGGCUCAAAUGCCCAGGAUGAGGGGGUCAGUGAGUAUCUAAGGUUCCCAGCCCUGAAGGUACCCCAAGACCCCAGGGUGGAGAUCAUCUGGGGUGUGUUCCACCCCUGCCCCCAGUCCCCACCACAGGGGCUGGAAGCCCAGGGCUGCUGAUAUGUAGGCCAGCCCCCAAAACUGAGAAUGGCGCAGCCUGACACCCCACUCUGAGCUGGGGCUACUCUGGCAAGACCUGAGGCCUUUCCGCUAAGGAAUAAGGACUCCCUGACUUCCCUGGAGGGAGGUUCAUUGGUGCAGGCUAACUCCUGGCAGUCCCCCAAGACCCCCCUCCUGUGAGUAGACCCCCUUUUUCAGGAACUAGCCAGGAGGCAGGAUGUGGGAACAUGAGGCCUGGGGGCACCUGUGGUGGCAGAAAGGCAGCACCGCUCCUCUCACUCAUGGUCCUGCAGUAUCCAGUCAGAACCCCCCCCCUGAGCCCCCCAACCACCUGGACUCCCCAUUCUUCCUAACACUGGCAAUAAACCCUCAACUGUGACUCA